AGUACACAAAAAACUACUCAAUUACAGUAACGCGAGUAAAUGUAAUUCGUUACUUUCCAACUCUGGUUUGUUUUGCGCUGUGUUGUGAGGCGGCGGUGAAGCGGAUGGCGCAAAUGACGUCACACCGAGGGGACUCAGAGAAACUUGCGCUAGACGCGUCGGUGAGAGAGACGGCCGGGGUGGGAGGAAGGAAAAGCCCCAUAACACAACAACAUGAGUGUGAUUCAGCGCUGAGAACCACAGCACCGAUAACAAUGUAGAUCAUCUCGGGCAGUGAUCGGUUCUGAAUGAGCGGAUAUUUAAUGCGGAGCGCUGAAAUGAAGCGGAAGCGGCAGCGGCGAGCUGAGCGCAGGAAGAGGCUCUGUACCGGGAAGAGGGAGGAGGAGGAGGAGCCGCAGGCUGAUGUUUACAUCGAAAUAACAGAUCAACUGUAUUUUGCCAUCCUAAAUCAGAAAAUCAGAAGCACACCUGAGAGACACUGUUUUUGCAUAGAUGACGAACUUGCAUAUGAAAACUUUUAUGCAGACUUUGGUCCCCUCAACCUGGCUAUGUUUUAUCGCUUCUGCUGCAAGCUCACCAAGAAGCUUAAGUGUCUUUCACAUGCCAAGAAGAAAAUUGUCUUUUACACGUGUGGGGACAAAAAGAAGCAAUCAAACGCUGCUUAUUUAAUAGGAUCUUAUGCUGUGAUGCAUCUUCAGAAAACCCCUGAAGAAGCGUAUAGUCUACUAGUGUCUAGAAAACCCACUUAUCUAUCAUUCAGAGAUGCUUCAUAUGGAACUUGCAUGUACAAUCUGAACAUCCUUGAUUGUUUACGUGCUGUGCACAAGGCUUUAAAGUUUGGCUGGUUGGAUUUCUCCAACUUUGAUGUGGAAGAAUAUGAGCAUUACGAGAGAGCUGAGAAUGGAGAUUUCAACUGGAUUAUUCCUGGAAAGUUUUUGGCAUUCAGUGGCCCACACCCCAAAAGCAAAAUUGAGAACGGUUAUCCACUCCACGCUCCUGAGGCCUACUUCUCAUAUUUCAAAAAACACAACAUCACCACGAUUGUCCGCCUCAACAAAAAGAUGUACGAUGCCAAGCGGUUCACAGAUAUGGGUUUUGACCACUGCGACCUCUUCUUCGUUGAUGGGAGCACGCCCAAUGAUACCAUCGUUAACAAGUUCAUAACCAUCUGUGAGAACGCCAGUGGUGCCAUAGCUGUUCACUGUAAAGCUGGGCUUGGUCGCACCGGUACGCUGAUAGGCUGCUACCUGAUGAAGCACUUUAAACUGACUGCUGCCGAGGCAAUCGCCUGGAUCAGAAUCUGCCGACCCGGAUCGGUGAUCGGACCUCAGCAGAGUUUUAUUGUGGAUAAACAGUCAAACCUAUGGGCGGAGGGUGAGCUGUACCGGCAGAAGCAGAGCGAGCAGGAAAACGGCUCAAACAAAGCGGCCGUCACGGGAAUACUGUCGGGUGUGGACGACAUCACAAUCAACGGGACCAACAAGAAAAAUGCAGCAAGAAAAAAAGGAAUGUAUAAUGAUGAGGAAGAGGAGUCCAGUGGCUUUACCCAAGGGGACAAACUAAGAGCAUUAAAGAGUAAACGCCAGUCCAGAGUUUCUACUGGCUCUUUAUCGAUCAUUCUUUCAAGUACUCAAAGCUGCAAAUCUGUAGAUACCACAGAUUCCUCUGAUGAUGUGGACGACAGGAAAAGAAGCAGAUCCACCCUUGGCACAAACCGAAGCAGCAGCCCGUUAUUACAUGCCAGACUCGCCCGUUCGUUAGGAAACGUAUCCGUAUUGGCCAGUGAACAGAAGCAUGAGUUGUGUGAAGUUAAUCCAGGCCCCAUGGCUACAGCUAUCAUGAGCAAGCGGUCAAACAUUAAACGAAUCAAAUCAACCAGCAGUGAGCCACUUGGUCUCUGCUCAACCAAGCCGUAUGGCCACAGCAUGAGUCUUCUAAACGUAAAGAGCCGUGUGCAGAAGAAAGAAAUCGAAAAGCACUUUGCAAUCAAUGCGCUUUACAAGACUAUGUCAUGCCAUCCCUAAAGCCAGAACACCUCUACUGCGAUAGAUGGAGGGUUUGUGUAGACUGACCGAGGGAGUAACUUUACAAAGUCUGCAUUGUUAUCAUUAUUAUUGUUGUUAUUCCAGUGAUUUAGUUCAAUAUACCACUAACAUAAAUACCUGUGUCGGUAACGUUUGUCUGCUUACCAAGAAAAGCCAGGAUCAAGUGAGCUCGAGUGCCAGAAUUACAUCUUUAUUCUGUUAAACAAGGAGUCUAAGAUUUGUAUUAUGUAUCUUGUCAUUGUUAUCAUUUUUGCUAUAAUUUGCUAAUCUGUGAACUGAUUCGGAGACUAAUGUGAAUCUGCUUUUGUUCAGCUGUGAGCUGUAUAUGAGGAAUAUUUGUGGAUUGAAAUUACUUGUACAUUUUUACCUGUAAAUACUGUGUAUAACUUCUUUUUUUUAUUUUAAGCUGUUCUGUCUAAACUUAUUUCCUGAACGCAUUUAAAUCAUGUGCUGAACAUUAUUUGGAAAUAGAAAAAAAAUAUUUUAUCUUGUGUUCUUACUAAUGAAAAUCCUAAUGUACUGUUAAUUGUGUUUUUUAUGAUGCUACCCAUAAUGGUCUGUUUUUCAUCAUGCUAAUAUUGGUACUAUAAAAAUAACUUGACUUAUUUUUUGAAAAUGUGCUGUUUUCUUUUCAUCUGAUCAGUGUUCAGAUCAUUGAAAUGCCACUCUGCUUUCAGUCUAAAAGUUGUGCUGACAGUGUUGUGCUUUACGAGUGUAUUUACUACGUAUCUUUGUUCCAUCUCCUAUAUUUUUAUAGUAGAAACAGACCAGGCAAGUCUCUCAUUAAACUGUAUUUCUUCAUCGUUUUCAUGAAUUAUUGAAGAUCGAGACCAAAAUGUCUGAAAUAACUUCAGUCCUUAACAAGAUUUGUAAACAGUUUUAUCUGAUUAACAUUAAAACCACCUCCUUGUUUCUACACUCACUGUCCAUUUUAUCAGCUCCACUUACCAUAUAGAAGCACUUUGUAGUUCUACAAUUACUGACUGUAGUCCAUCUGUUUAUCGACUUACUGUUUUUAACCAGCUUUCACCCUGUUCUUCAAUGUUCAGGACCACCACAGAGCAGGUAUUAUUUAGGUGGUGGAUCAUUCUCAGCACUGCAGUGACACUGACAUGGUGGUGGUGUGUUAGUGUGUGUUGUGCUGGUAUGAGUGGAUCAGACACAGCAGUGCUGCUGGAGUUUUAAAAUGCCAUGUCCACUCACUGUCCACUCUAUUAGACACUCCUACCUAGUUGGUCCACCUUGUAGAUGUAAAGUCAGAGACGGUCGCUCAUCUAUUGCUGCUGUUUGAGUCGUCAUCUUCUAGACCAGGGGUGUCAAACUCACGGCCCGCGGGCCAGAUCCGGCCCGCGAGAGGUUUAACGACUGUAUGAUUGUUGUGAUGGUUCGAGUCGUUACAGAGACGCGCUUAUAAUUUAAUGCGCUCCUCAAUAAUAAAUAAAUGCAAAUAAUUAUAUUGCAAUAUAAUACCCAAGCAUUGUCUGUAAGUAGUGGCGUUUAUAUUCUCAGUUGUUAGUAAAUGUUUAGUGAGUAUAUCACAGCGUUUUAGUUACAAAUUUACCGUAAUUAAAUACUGUUGUUACGUUACUAUAGCAAUUAGUAACUUUACACACAAUUUUAACUCCUUAUUUUACGUUUGGUUAAAUCUCAUAUUGUACCAGAUGUAACACUUGACUACAGCUGUGUGCUUUUUACUGUAUUAGGUUCUUUAUUGUUUUUAUUGUUUGUAUUUUUACUUCAUUUUGAUGCACACAGUGUAUCACACAGCUGGAAAGCAAAUAAACCGACUGUAUUCUGAAGA